AUGCAAUCCAAAUUUUGGGCCAAGGGCGUUGAUGACGAAAGUGGUGACAACGUUACCGAAUCAUCGGACAAUGAAAUUGAUGAUAAAAAACCACUAGUACCAGCACAGGCAGAACGAUGGGCAGCGAUUGAUAGUAGUAGUUCGGAAGAAGAAGAAAGAGUAAUAAAAAGCUAUGAAGGAAAGAGGUUGGAUUUUUAUAAAAAUAUUGGAAGCAGCUUAAAUGAGAGUAUGGAAUCUAAUGACUUUAAUCAAUUAUUAAAAGAUUAUGAAAAUUUAUAUAAAUUUAUGAUUAAAGAAAGUCCCGAACGUAUUCCAAAUUUUGCAAUCGUAUACUUAGAUAAGUUUACAAAAUAUGUUGAAACGACAUUUCAAAGUAACGUAGAAAAAAAGGACUUAAGCAAAAACAAAGCACAAACAUUAAACAAAUUAAGAGCAAAAAUUAGAAAGUGCAGUGAAUUCUAUCAGAAUAAAUUAAAUUUGUAUCAUGAAAAUCCGGAUGAUUUUAAGGCCGCUUUAGAAGAUGAAUUGGAUGAAGAUGAGGAUGAGGAAGAAGAAGACGACGAGGAAGAAGAGGAAGAUGAUGAACAGGAAGAAGAAGGGGCAGGGGGCAUUGUGAAAGAUAAUGAAGAUGAUAGCAUAAAAGACGCAGAAGGAAAAAAAAAGAAAAAAAAAGAAAAAGAGAAUGAUGAAAAAAGUGGCCAAGAUGAUGACAGCAGUGAUGAUUGGUCGUACAGUGAUGGUGAUGAAUAUGCAUCGGAUGACGCAGAUGAUAAAACAAAAAGUGCUAUGAGCAAAUGGGGAUUGAAAACAAGCGAAAAGGUAGAAAAAAAAAAAGUAGUAAAAACUAAAAAGGUUAAAAAAGAAGGAACAAAAAAAGAAGAAAAAACAGCCCAAGUAGAUGAAAAUCAGUCUGCAAAAAAUAAAGCAUAUGCAGAAUUAUUAAGCACCAAAAAUUUAUCAGAAGAAGUUAUACGUAAUAGGGUUAAAUUUGUCAUUGAAAAGAGAGGAAGAAAAGGUUUAGAUAAGCAUGAACAUAUUAACAUUUUAUCCAAAUUAAGUGAAUUAGCUAAAACGAUAAGUACACAAUCGUAUAUUGAAGUGUUAGAACAAUUAAUCAACUUAGAAUUUGAUAUAGUUUCAAGUGUUUAUACAUAUAUGUCUUUUAACAUAUGGAAUAAAGCAUUUAAAUAUAUUGAACUUAUUUUAGAUAUUUUAAUUCAAAAUGAGAGUUUUUAUCUAGUAUCUAUUAACAUUACUGAGGAAAUUACAGAAGAAAUUAUAACAGAAAAAGAAAAAAUCUCCAGAUCAUGUAAAACUCUUAUUUCGUUUUUGGCCAAAUUGGAUGAUGAAUUGUUGAAGGCACUAUUAUAUAUAGAUGCGCAAACAGAAGAAUAUAGAAAGAGGCUAGGAAAAACUGUUCAUAUGAUUGCAUUACUAUAUAAAGGGUACAAUUAUGUCAAAUUUACGAAAAAAUUGCCUGACUUGGCAAUAUACAUUUCUAUGAGAAUAUUGGAACAUAUGUACUACAAACCUGAAGCUCUAUUUAUGCAAAUAUGGAAUUUUGUUACAAGUAGAAAGGAAAACAACACUUCAUUGACUGAUGCUGACAGGACCAAUGGAGGAAGGAAGGAAACAGAUAUGGAAAAUAAUGGAAGUGGUAAUGCAAACGUUUUUAGUAGUUUAAACGGUGGCAGCAAUGUAAAUGGCAGUAUUAAAGAGAAUGGUGAUUUGAAGGCAUGUUACAAUACUCAAACUAAUGGAGACAUGGACAAACAGCUUAAUGAACAAUCACCAAAACAAGCAGAUAAGUUGGGUUCCAAAAUAGACGAUAAUAACAUGUCCCCAAAAAAAGUUGUUGAAAAAUAUGUAUAUGAAAUAUUUGAGUACGGAACAAAGCAACAAAAAAUAAAAGCCCUACUGCAAUUGUCUUUUAAUAGAAGUUUACAAGACGAAUUUUUGGAAGCAAAAGAAUUAUUAAAUGUUGCCAAUGUUCAUGAAUUGGCACUAAGUUCAGAUAUCCAAACGCAAAUUUUAUACAACAGGAAUUUAAUUCAGUUAGGGUUAUGUGCUUUUAGACAUGGAAGAAUUUAUGAAGCACAUUGUUGCCUGGGAGAAAUAUGUUCCCAAAAUAAACAUCGAGAAUUAAUUGCUCAAGGAGUGUCAACUUUAAAAAAUCAAGAAAAAACAUUAGAACAAGAAAGAGCAGAAAAAAGAAGACUGCUCUCCUUUCAUAUGCACAUAUCAAUUGAACUAAUCGAAUGUGUAAAUAACAUAUGUGCAAUGUUGUUGGAAGUGCCAAAUUUAGCGAGACAUACAUAUGAAUCAAAAAAAGACAUUAUUUCAAGGCAAUUUAGGCGAUUCUUAGAUAUUUAUGAUAAACAGGUUUUUAAUAAUCCCCCAGAAAAUAAUAAAGAAAUUAUUUUAUUAGCAACAAAAUACUUACAGAAAGGAAAUUGGAAACUGUGCUGUGAAAAAAUAUUCAGUUUAUCGGUUUGGUCUAAGUUUAGUGAUAGGGAAAGGGUACAAAACAUAUUGCAAGAGAGAAUUAAACAGGAGGCUAUGAGGACAUACAUAUUUCGAUACAUAUCCAUAUAUGAUUCUUUCGCAGUAGACCAGUUAUGUAUAAUGUUCGAUUUGAGUGAAAAUUCUGUUCAUUCCAUAUUAAGUAAAAUGAUGAUAAAUCAUGAAAUCCCAGCAUGUUGGAACGAAAGCAGUAAGCACAUAAUCAUCAACAAGGUUAAUCCUACUGCACUACAAACAGUUGCUAUCAAGUUGGCAGAAAAUAUCAACGAAGUUAUGGAACAGAAUGAAUUAGCCUUUAAUAUGAGAAAUCCAAAGUUCAUGUUCAUGCAAGAAAAGCGAACGCAGAUGAAGGACGAUAAAUCCAGCUGGCUCCACAAAAAAGGAGAUGGAAAAUAUGGAAAAAGCUAUCAUCAGCAUAAGAACGUGCACUACAAAAAAAAUUUUAAGGAAAAAAUUGUGAGCAAAAAUUUCGCAUAA